AUGGGUGUUAAAAUUGGGUCAUAUCCUCUUUUCUUGCUAGUUAUAAUCACCACUCUUUUAGUUUCCUUGGCCUUUAAAGCCAAUGCUGGGGGAAUUGCUGUUUAUUGGGGCCAAAAUGUGAAUGAGGGAACAUUAACAGAUACAUGUAGAAGCAUGUUAUAUAAGUAUGUUAACAUAGCAUUUCUUCACAAAUUUGGGAAUGGCCAAAAACCCGAAAUUGACUUGGCUGGCCACUGCACCCCUAAAGAUGGUGGGUGCAAAAGAGUGAGCGUUGGCAUACGAAAUUGCCAACGCAAUGCCGUGCUAGACGGCAUAGAUUUCGACAUCGAGUCAGAUCAUAAGCUCAACGGUGCCCUACACACCGGGCUUUUCGACUACGUUUGGAUUCAGUUUUACAACAACCCUUCUUGCGAGUUCGAUGUUAGUAACCCUGAGAAGUUCAAGAAUUCUUGGAGAAAAUGGACCUCAAACAUCCCUGCUAAGAAGUUCUUUGUUGGGUUGCCUGCUGCAGCAGCAAAGAGCGCUGCUGGAAGUGGGUUUGUUCCUUCAUGUUAG